AUGGAUGUCGCGGGGUUCGUCGAGUACAACACAAACAUGAUAUCCGAGGUCGAGCGGCAGCUGGAGGGGCGCAAGUCGCCGUGGAAGCCCGCCGGCCGGCGCGGCCGCGCGGGGGGCGGCGGCGCCGGCGCCCGCGGCUGGUUUGGCGCGCGGGAGGAGGACGGGCGGGAGGAAGGCGGGGCCGCGGGCGAGGCGGUCGCGCAGGCGCGGCUCGAGGCGCUGGAUGCGGCGCGGGCAGUGUUUUCCGCGCUGCCGGCGCGCGAGGCGCGCCGGCCCUUUGCGAUGACAGCAGCAGAGCUGCGGGAGGUCGCCGCAGUGGCGGACGUGCCGCCCGGCGCGGCGCUCGCCACGCUGCGCUUCUUUCGGCGCCUCAAGACCCGCUCGCUGCUAGAGGCGCGGCGGCAGCUGGAGGGCGGCCGCGACGGGGGCGGCCCCGGUGGCGGCGGCGGCGGCGUCGGCGGGGGGGACGAUAGCGGCGCGUCGGGCGGCUGGGUGCGGCGGGCGGUCGGACGGCUGUCUGAGGGGAAGGGUGCGGCUGACGAGGCCGGAGACGCCAGGCUGGCGGCAAAGGCGCAGGUUUCGUAUGAGAGGCUGGCGCGGAUGAGCUUGAGUGGUUACGAGGCGAAACUGGAGGCGAUGCUGGCCCUGACCUCCGCCGCCGCGCCCGCCCUGGGCCGCGCGCACAAGGCGUCGCGCGCGGCACGCGCGCGCGCCGACGCGUACAACUGGGCCGGCGCUCUGCGCGUGUUGCGGGCGCUGCCGCCAGAGGGCCGGCGGCGGCUCGAGCGGGACCCGGCGGGCGGCGCCGGCGACGACGCAGAGGCGGCGGCCGCGGCGGCGGCGGGGGUGCCCUUGGGGUUUGCGCGGAUCGUGCUGGAGGGCUAUUCCAAGAUGAGGCUGGCGGGCGUUGAGAAGCUGCGGCGCAGCCGCAGCGACGGCAGCGGCGGCGACGAUGGACGCGCGUGA